UGUCCCGUUUCCUUGUUUCUUCCCCUCUCUCUCCUAAUUUCAUUUUCUCGUUCUUUAUUAUAUCUCUGAACUCUUCGGUAGAUUCUUCUUUCUUAAGAUUCUUCUUCCUUUUUUUUUUUAAUCUCCAAUCCGUUUCUGAAAAGGAAAAAAAACCCUCAAUCCCCUUCAUUCUUCAGAUCUGUAGAACAAAACUGCGCGAUCCGUUGUAAAUCCGAAAACGUGAGGUUGUGAAGAAGAAAGACAUGGCUGAAGAGCACAGAUGCCAAGCACCUGAAGGCCACCGUCUCUGCGCCAACAAUUGCGGCUUCUUCGGUAGCCCAGCUACCAUGGAUCUCUGCUCCAAAUGUUACAGAGAUUUCCGUCUUAAAGAACAAGAACAAGCCUCCACCAAAUCCACCAUCGAAGCUGCUCUCUCGGCCUCAUCAUCUCCUUCUCCCUCCUCUUCCCCAAUCGAUCCUCCCCCCGUUUCCCCUGUUGUUGCCUUGUCCCCGCCGGACGCCACCACAGAUCUGACCAUCCCUCCCCUUGUGGCGGUUAGAUCUGAGGCCGCAAACCAGCCAAACUCUAAUCUGAAUCCGAACCCGAACUCGAACCGUUGUUCAUCUUGCCGUAAGAAGGUGGGUUUGACCGGGUUCAGAUGCAGAUGCGGAACCACGUUCUGUGGGGCUCAUAGGUACCCGGAGAAACACGGCUGCACCUUCGAUUUCAAGUCAAUCGGAAGAGAGGAGAUCGCUCGAGCGAACCCCGUCGUUAAAGCCGAUAAACUGGAAAGGAUUUGAGCGAUUCCUUAGGCCCUUAUGACUCUACCAUGGUGACGAUUGAGAGCAAAUUUCACGGUGGCUCAUCAUCCAAUCAUCUUCGCCGCCGUCGAAUCUCUCUCUCAGCCAUUCGAUCUCCCUUCAACGUCGCACUCGAUGAUGAUGCUACUCUCUCUCUCUAUCUCUCCCUCUCUAUCUCUCUCUAUCUCGCUACAAUAUAAAAAUAAGUGUGGAAGAUGGGUUUUCUUGUAGAAAAAGAAUUUCAAUUUUUUCCCUUUUGAUUUCAGAAUUGAAAGUAUCAUCUUUACUUCCAUUGAAUCAUGUUCAUCUUUUUUCUCUGCUAAAACCACCCAUUGAACUCCUAAAACUUCAUA